GUUGUGACCUCCCCUCCCGGCGGUGGACUCACCCCUUUAUGAUAAUGGUAGCGUCACGACUACUUCCUUUCCUUUCUGAGCUGGAGCAGAGCAGCAGCCAUGAGCAUGCUCAGACUUCAAAAGAGGCUUGCCUCCAGCGUGCUGCGCUGCGGCAAGAAAAAAGUAUGGCUGGAUCCAAACGAAACCAAUGAGAUUGCCAAUGCUAACUCCCGUCAGCAAAUCAGGAAGCUGGUUAAGGAUGGUCUGAUUAUCCGCAAGCCAGUAACUGUUCAUUCUCGUGCUCGCUGCCGCAAGAAUACACUUGCACGUAGGAAGGGCAGACACAUGGGCAUUGGUAAGAGAAAGGGUACUGCUAAUGCUCGUAUGCCUGAGAAGCUGUCCUGGAUGAGGAGAAUGCGAAUUCUUCGCCGCCUGCUCCGCCGUUACCGUGAGUCCAAGAAGAUUGACAGGCACAUGUACCACAGCCUGUACCUGAAAGUCAAGGGUAAUGUGUUUAAGAACAAGCGUAUUCUUAUGGAGCACAUCCACAAACUGAAGGCAGACAAGGCUCGCAAGAAGCUGUUGGCUGACCAGGCAGAGGCUCGCAGAUCCAAGACAAAGGAGGCAAGGAAGCGCCGUGAAGAAAGACUUCAGGCCAAGAAAGAGGAAAUAAUCAAGACCCUCUCAAAGGAAGAGGAAUCCAGCAAAAAAUAAAGCCCUGAAUUAUAGCUAGUUUAUAUAUAGAGUACUGCUGUGUGCUCCAAUAAAUUUCCUCUCCCCUCCA